GCUAAAGUGGAUGUGAACUUUGGACUCUAUUGGCCAUGUGUCAUCUUCAAAACAUCCAGUGCAUUCUGGGUGAUCUGUAUGUGCUACAGAACAAUAUGUGGGUGCUACCCAUUGUGUUGCAUUGUAGGAUUUCAAUAGUGGCUCUGGAGGGCUUCCCCACCAUCUCACUCAUCAUUUUACUCCCAAGCUGAUUUUUACGCAUGCAUAACUAUGAGACUAUGUUGAGACGACUGAUAGCAGACACUGAACACACUCAACUAAAGAGGAGGAUUUUUUUGUAAGAAGGUUGGGACUGGAUCUGCAGAUGGCCUCGCUGAAAAGACGUAAUAUCAGUUGGAAACCAGACGGAAAGGUCAAAGGGUCAUGGUUGCAUCAUGCUAAGCCGUCUGAUCUCCUUCUUCUUCCUCCCGCUCUGUGCGUCUGUCUGAUCUGAGCUGAUUUCCACUCAUUAACCCUCAUUAGACACAAAGUGUGCACUACUGAAGUUACUGACAGCAGUCACCCGAGAACUUAGUGAUUAUUUAUAUACACAGAAUAUUGAGAUAUGUUGCAGUUAAAAACAAUCUGGCAUUUAUUUUACAAAAAGGCUGCAGUUGGAGACAUCGAUCUUUAUGCAGAUUUUGUCCUCAGCUAUGUCCGGAGGUGCACACAGAAGAUCCUCGCAAAUAGUCAUGGCUCAUUGGGAACGUUUGAAUCUAACCAGGAGAACGCACUCUGAUGAUCCGGUGACUUUCAAGAAGUCCAUAUAUGACCUUCAGAAGACCAUCAGGAAAGCCAAGAUGAGCCAUGUGAAGCUCUGACAUCUGGCACAUGUGGAGUAAGACGAUUCUUCAAGCAGGUUAACUUCAGGAAAGCACCAGGACCUGAUAGCAUUCUCAGCUGUGUCCUAACAUCACAUGCUGACCAGCUAGCAGAGAUAUUAAAAGACGUAUUCUACACAUCACAUGGUCUGUCUGUCAUCCCCACUUGCUUUAAUUAGUCCAACAUUGUCCUGGUCCCCAAGAAACCCACCAUCUCCUGCAACCCUCUGGUACCAACUUCCAUUAUUAUGAAGUGCUUUGAGUCAAAUCCUUCAUUAUUCCUCCCUGAACUGCCACAUUAGACUCCCUGAAGUCCACUGAUGAGGCUAUCACUUACUGCACACAUCCCUUAGCCAUGUGGAGGGGAAGACAGGCUACAGUAUGUGAGAACGUUGUUCAUUGACUAUAGCCCAGUAUUUAAUGCCAUAAUAUCUCACUAAUCUGUCACCAGGUUACAGGCCCUGGGUCUUUCUGCCCCAUGUGCCAGCCUCAUACCCUCCUCUUUUGCCCUCAGAACAGCAGCGCCUCUUGUCUCGGAUGCUGAUGGAUGCUUGGUACUCAGACAACAACAUCUCCCCGAAGGUCAGCAAAACAAAAGAGAUGAUUGUGGACUACAGGACGGGACACGAGGAUUCGCGUCAACAGAACAGAGGUGGAAAGUGUUUACGGAUUUAAAUUUAUGUCCAUCUGCAUUUCUAGUGACCUCAAAUGAUGCAUUCACUCUCACACAGUGGUGUGAGCAUCUGGCAGCAUCUGUACCUCCUGUGGAAGACAAGAAAGUUUGGCAUGGUGCUGGAUUUCCUCAUGAGCUUUUAUCGCUGCAUCACUGACAGCAUGAUUCAUGAACAGAAGAGCUGCUGCUAACUGCCGCUACCAACCCACAAGCUACGAGCAUGCAGCAAACUGCUACACACACGCCCUGGUGAUCGUGCCCGCGUUCGUGGGCAUGACCCUGCUGCACCGUCUCUCAGAUGAUCGGUGGGAGAGGAUCACAGCCUUGGUGUACGGCCUCGGCCUCUGUGCUCUCUUCCUCAUCUCCACCAUCUUCCACAUCAUCACCUGGAAGAAGAGCCACAUGAGGGCAGUGGAGCACUGCUUCCACAUGUGUGAUCGAGUGGUCAUCUAUUUCUUCAUCGCUGCCUCAUACACACCCUGGUUAAAUCUGAGGGAACUGGGUCCUCUGGCGUCUCACAUGCGCUGGUUUGUGUGGCUAAUGGCGGCUGCAGGAACCAUCUAUGUGUUCAACUACCACGAGAGGUAUAAACUGGUGGAGCUGGCCUUCUAUCUGACCAUGGGCUUCUCACCUGCCCUGGUGGUGACCUCGAUGACGAAUACAGACGGUCUGUAUGAGCUGGCGUUCGGUGGGAUGAUCUACUGCAUGGGCGUGGUCUUCUUUAAAUCGGACGGCGUCAUACCGUUUGCUCACGCCAUCUGGCACGUGUUCGUCACGCUGGCCGCCGCCGUGCACUACUACGCUAUCUGGAAAUACCUCUACCGCAGCUCGACUGCUGAUGAGGUCAGGCACGUGGCUGACCUCUGACCUGUCUCUAACACACAUACACAAGCAUGCACCUGCAAGAUCUCGAGAUCUUCAUCGUAACCAUUUCCACCAAGAGGUGCUCAUCAUCUACUCAAGUUUACCAACACGACCUCCGAUUGUUUACUAGCCGCCUGGAGAACAGAGUGUGUUUGUGUUGUGUGUAAAAGUUUAAAUAAGUUUCAUUUCUUUUCCUUUUUCACCAGUAUUUUUUUGCACAGAUAUUAAACAGAACAGCGGUUUGACUCGGACCAUCGAUUUUACCAGAAAUAAGAAAAGGACAGUUUUCCUCAGAUGUAGUCGAUCAGCUGAGACACGAUUCGUACUGAAGAUUCUAGACACCGGUUUAACACGCUGAGGUCCUCAGACUGCUGCGUCUGUUAAAGCGAGAUUUAGGUGAUGUCAGUAUGCAGUUUAAUCCACAAGGCUAAACUGGUGGCUAAACUGGUGGCUUCCUCUUGGCCGGAGUUCGACCGCCUUUGUUUUCGGUUGAUUUUCUCCUUUAAAUCUCACUUCUGUGUUGUCUGUAUUAUGAAUGUGUUUUUGUCUUCAGAGCCACUCUGCACACGCACAUUCCACUUUUCACCAGAUGUUUACCUUUCACUCACGUUGAGACUCUCACGUCGCAGAGGCCACGCCUUAUCCUUAGUCUCAUCUCAGAGACGUUCUCGUCUGACGAUGAUGUGAGAUUCUGAGGAACAGAGUUAGUCCCCGCUGUGGAGAUCGCUUCUUUGUUUCCAGCUCAUUUCUUUGCUCCUCGUUAGUUCCACAGUUUUAUGAACCGAGAGGCGUUUUAUCAUCAGCGGAUAAACUGGUGGUUGUGCUAACGUGCAUCAUCACGUCCUAAUCGGUCAUCAGCUGCGUCCCAAAUCACACACCUAUGCACUAUUCUACUGCACUGUGUAGUGUACUUCGAGUGAGUCGUGUGUUCACACUGCAGAAGAAGCGCACUUCACGAACACGAACGAUUCAGACACACGGGGCUACUAGUCACUGAGGCUGAGUGAUAAACAUUUCAAGAUAGCUGAUGACACUCGGGUAGACAAACAUCUCACCAGCGUCUUUUAGCUAACUCUGUGUGAUCUAUUGGACAGUAUUUAUAAGGUUCGUACACCAGACCCCAUACCCCUAGAGUGUACAGUGUUAGUGCGCAGUGUGUAGUUGUGAUUUGGGACGCAGCUCUAGCGUGUAGCGGCUUCUUAAGUUUACAGACUGCUAAACGAGCCCAAACUGUUCAUCAGGCAGCUUUUCUGAUCAUCAGACGUGGCCUCAGUCCUGAAUGUACAAUUUACUGUAAAUAAUCUUCAUCGCUGCCUUGCUUGUAGUUUAGCGAUCUCGCUUCAGCUAACUGCUUUUCAUUUUUAACUUCAGAAUCUUACGCGGCUACGUGAACAGCGAACAGACCGCUAACCUCCUUCUGGUGACCUUCACCACGUCAUCAACAAUCCCAAACACACCCGAGUUAACGAGAGAGAAAAUCUUCUCAGUAGCGCCUGGUCUGUCUGACCUCCGCUACAGCCUCCACUUUCUCUCUCAGCUCAUGACUUGUGUGCUGUUUCUUUCUGUAAUAGCAGGCGUAAAUAUUGUCAGCAGUAUUUUAGAAACAUUCGUGGUUUCCUGAAACAGAAGCUUGAAAGCGUGAAUUUUUGUUGUUUAUUUUUUUAGAUGAAAAACCACUUUGUGUUGAUUAUUCCAUUGAACUUCUUUUUUUUCUUCUUCUCCAUUUUCCAUCUUCACCCUGCGUGUCCUGAUGAAUCGGCAGUUCCUCGUUUACGGCAUUGAUUUCUCCCUGAUUUAAUUCCAAGAAAAAUCACAAGAAGCAGCAGACAUUUGGUGCAUCGCUAGUUCAGGGAUCGAAACCUAGCACGUAGCGUGUAACUCAAACCACCGGGUUUUCACACUGAUCUCAUUUACGUUCAGUUACUCAGUGUUAGAAGUGACAUGUAGCUAAUUCUGUUACUCAUCAUACAGGCCACGCCCACACCACGCCCACACGCCCACACGUGGUGACCAGCGUCUCAUUACAUUCAUUAAAGGUUAAAGAAAUAAAAUGAUUCCCUUUAUUGAAAUGAAUCAUGCAAGAUGGAGAAUUUUGAGAUACGCUGCUUUUGUUGUUUGUUUUGUUUUUGUUUGUGUCACGUGUCAGUAUUUUUAUUCCAAAACUCUGGAUGAUGAUGAUGGUGAUGAUGAUGUGAUUAUUUUCUGUGUACAUUUUCUUUUCCUCUUUAACGUCACUGUGGUGAACCAACAUGAGCUGAAAGAUGCGCUUUUGAUAAAAUCUUCAUCCUCUGACCAGCUCCAGCAGGACAACUUUUAUAAUAUUUGUACUGUAUAUUUUCAUCCUGGCACAUAUUUCUACACACAGAGAGAGAGAGAGAGAGAGAGAGUCUGGUUAUCCUCCUGAUUCACUCAGUGUCCGGUGCUGUACAUGUCGACUCUGUGUCUGAUUCUUAAUAAAUCACAACUGCUUUAAA